AUGGUUACUUUUAUAUUUUAUUCCGACAUUUUUUCUUCACAUUUUCUGAAUGUUCAUUGCAUUGUCGGCCAUAAAUGCCUUCAUUGUUUUUCUGAGUUUGACAUUUUUCUUUUCUUUUUUGUUUUUAACAUUAGUAUUUGUCAUUUGCGCUCUUUCAUUGCUUCACAUCUGUUCCCUCUCUUCACAAUCCCUUCUCUCUAUCCAUCCUUCCUUCUCCAGCAUUCUCUCUCUGUCUCUGGCAUUGUUUUGCUCUCUCUGUCUCUGGCAUUGUUUUGCUCUCUCUGUCUCUGGCAUUGUUUUGCUCUCUCUGUCUCUGGCAUUGUUUUGCUCUCUCUGUCUCUGGCAUUGUUUUGCUCUCCCUCUCUGUCGUUGUCUCUCUUUCUUCUACUCUUUAUUUUGACCUCUCUCUUUCAUGAUUUCCAUGCUUUCUCUUCCUGUUUACUCUCUCUCUCUCAUAUUGUUUUUGCUAUACCUAUUUUCUUUUCUUCACAUCUAUUUUGGCCACAUCCUGUUUCCAAUUUUGAUGUUGUCUUUUCUUUUUUCUUCUUUUCUUUUUCUUUUUUUCUUUUUUUCUUCUUUUUUUUCUCUUCUUUUUUUUUCUCUUCUUUUUUUUUCUCUUCUUUUUUUUCUCUUCUUUUUUUUUCUCUUCUUUUUUUUCUCUUCUUUUUUUUUCUCUUCUUUUUUUUCUCUUCUUUUUUUUUCUUCUUUUUUUUUUCUUCUUUUUUUUCUCUUCUUUUUUCUUCUUUUUUUUUUCUUCUUUUUUUUCUCUUCUUUUUUCUCCUCUUCUUUUUUUUCUCUUCUUUUUUCUCCUCUUCUUUUUUCUCCUCUUCUUUUUUUUCCUCUUUUUCUUUUUUUUCCUCUUUUUCUUUUUUUUCCUCUUUUUCUCUGUUUUUUUUUUCUUUUCUCUUCUCUCUUCUUUUCUCUUUUCAGCAUGACUGGAUAUUGUUGGUUGCAGAUCAAAUGCUUUCCCAACACAUGCCUCAGCAGUAUUUCUUCUUUUGCUUCAUCUCUCCACCUUUGUCUUUAUUUGAUGUUCUCUCUUUUUUGACAGAUUGCACUCCCCACCACCAAGUCCUAUCUUAUUCCUCCCUCUUUUUCUUGUCCUGGCUCUCUCUUUUUCUCUGGUCAUUGCCCCUUUUUUACUCAGUUUACCCCUCUGUCUUUUCUUUUUUCCCCAACCUUUUUUUUCUCUUAUCCUCUGUCCUUACUACCCUUCUUUUUUCCUCUCUUCUCUUUUGUCAUCUGUUUCUGUCUUCAUUCUUUUGUCAUUGA